AUGAAGAUGAAGCCAAGCUCCGUGACGUCGUCCUCCAGCACCGUCGGUGCGGAGGCAAAGCCUCGGUUCUGGCUCUGGUCUUGCCUCCCCCGCUGCUUCUUCCCAAAGAAGCCUGAUACUCUAGUUGAGGCAACAGCGUCUCUGGGUUUUCAAGGCAUUGGAUCGACCUCCUUCGUCGACAUCGAGAACGAUCCGCACAAUGUGAAGGAGGAGGAUGGACCCCUGACCAAGACCUUCUCUACCCAGGCCAGCCAAGUCUCAUCAGGCACGAACCGCCGCUCCACCUUUGCCGGCUUCAGAUCUUUGUCGCUUUCUGAAGGCGGCACACGGAAGAAGGAAGAUGACGUGCAGGAGAACGAAGGGUCUCCAUCCUUGGAGAGCAACAGGGACCUACAAAUGUGCCCAUUCUGCGGGAAUGUUCAGGCCGUUGCAGAUGUCUGUUUGUCGUGCAACACGGAGAUGAAGGUCGAUGACGAGACUUUGAUCGAGAUCGCUGGAGAGAGUCAGAUACCAGUCUGGUGCCUUCCACCGGAAGCUCCGGUGAACCUCCACAAGGUGGAUCUUGACAACGAGAUUCUACACGUCUGUCUGGGAAAGACUCCUUUUGACGAGGAGCUGGACCAGAGGAACUCGAAAUCCGGGGAGAGGGACGCGACUUUGCAGACCUGUGUUGAGCACUACAGCCUCGAGAACAUCUUCAGCCAUUCCCCGAGUCUUCUUAGCAGCAGCAGUGUGCAAGGAUGGCUGGGCAAGGAGAAAGAGGACAUGGCGGAUGCUACUUUGAAACUCUCGCCCUCAGUUCGAGGCCCGAUAUCUCCGGCCUUCGGGAUGAAGUACCAGCACCAGAUCGUGUCCCGGGAGAUGUUCAGGAAAAGCUUGCAGCGCUCGGAGAAGAAGUUCAAAGAUGACGACGUGUACGUGCGCCGGAGAUCCUCGUCGAAGUCGCUAGUAGAGGACACGCGAAGGUCAUCACGACAGACAGAGGUCGGAGAAAACAUCGAUGAGGCAUGGGUCGGGUUGAGUCAAGGCUUCAAGAACUUGCAGUCCCCAGGUGCUCGGAUUUCAUCUUCAAGAAGCUCACGGGCUAUCAAGUUCCAGAGUGAAGAGAAAAUACUUGGACGCCGCGGCUACGAGCCAAGUGCUUUGGCACAGCUAAAGAAGAAAACAGCUACGCACUGA